AUGUCCGUCUCUGACCCAUUGAUUCGCUCUGAUUCACUCUCUCUUAUCACCGUCAUGUGCCAUAAAAUUUCGGACGCAGCACGAUUCUACGUCGGCACUCUCGAUUUCAAUAUCAAAUGCGACGAGGAGAUCAAUGGAGAGCGCUUCGUCGUCGCUACACCACCCAAUCUCGUCGAGUUUACCCCACAGGCCUCUCUGAGGUUCAAAGAGGCGAAAACAGAGAGGGAUAAACGAGCCGUGGGAAACCAAGCUGGGGACGGUGUAUUUCUUCAAGUCGAGACCGAUUGCUGGAGGCAGGUCUACGAAAAGAUCAAAACGAUGGGCACCACAAUUUUGGACAAAGAGCCGAGAAAGGGAAAGGAUUAUCAAGCGAUUACGGUGUUGGACUCGUUGGGAAAUAAAGUAGUCAUUGUCGAGAAGACGACCACGACUCUAGGGAAGGUUUUCACCAAGGACAUUGGACGGUAG